CACUUUCUUAGUUUUAGAUUUAAACAUAAAUUAACAAUGUUGGAGGCAUGAAGUUGAAAGAUCGAGUUGCAAUUGUUUUGAUUUUGGGUGUUUUGUUUUUAUUAUUUUUUUAUAACAGUAAAUUAGAAACAAAGCAAAGAAGUCCAGUAGAAAUUAUUGAUGAUGUUAAAGAUGAAAUUCAAAAAAGAGAACUAAUUUAUGAUGCUUUACAUAAAUUAAAUAGCCCUAAUGAAGAAAAAGAGUAUUUUAACAUUCAUGCUUGGGAUGUUUGGCAUGAUAUGAUAUCAGUGCGUGCUCUAACUGUUGAUUCUGAUGUUGAAAUUUAUAAAGUUUUAAAAGCAAUGAGUUCUGCAAAAAUAACACAAGCAACUACAGGGUAUAAAGGUACACAAUUAAAAGCAAUGUUUUCUUUGGAUGGCCCACAGAUACAAAAUGUUGUUUUCAAGCCUAAAAGGUAUUCACGUAACAAGAUUAUAUUAGGCACUCCUUAUGAAGGUUAUGACAGACACAAUGCUGAAAUUGCAGCUUUUCAUUUAGACAGAUUGCUUGGAUUUUAUCGAGCUCCUCCUGUGGUUGGAAGAUAUAUUAAUUUGGCUGCAGAAGUGCUUCCUGUUGCAGCGAAAAAGCUUGCAACUACAUUUAUUAAAGAUAAGGAUGAGAAUUUAUGUUUUUAUGGUAAAUGUUUGUAUUGCAAUCGAAAGGAACCAGCAUGUGCAAGCAAUGUUACAAUGGAAGGAGCACUUAUUUUAUGGCUGCCAGAAAAAUGGCCUGUUUUGAAAUUACCUCAUCCAUGGAGAAGGACAUAUAAUAAAAAGAUGGCUAAAUGGGAAACAGAUUCUCAUUAUUGUGAGUCGGUCGUAAUAAAGGAGCCUUACACAAAAGGCCCAAGAUUAUUGGAUCUUAUAGACACCUCUAUAUUUGAUUUUUUAAUAGGUAAUGCAGAUCGUCAUCACUAUGAGUACAUUGAAAAUGAAAAUGGCAGUAUGGUUAUUCACCUUGAUAAUGCUAAGAGCUUUGGGAAUCCUUUUGUUGAUGAGAAAAGUAUACUAUCUCCACUUGUUCAAUGUUGUCGAUUACGUUCGUCAACAUAUAAUCGCCUAAAAAUUGCUACAUCUAAUGAAAAUUCUUUAAGCGUAUUGCUUGAUAAAAGACUUUCGAUCGAUCCAAUAUAUCCCAUACUUACAAGCGACCAUUUACUUGCCCUUGACCGAAGGUUACUUUUAGUGCAAGAUGCAGUCGAAAAAUGUUUUAAAGAAAAGAAUAAAGAAAAUGUAAUUAUAGAAGAUCAUCUUUAGGUUUUACUUGUUAGUAUUCGUCAGGGAUUUUAUUGAAAAGAUAUUUUAUAGGUCUGUUUUCAAAAAAGUUUUUGAUAAAAUAUGGGAUUAAAAAAACACACAGAAUAAAGUGUUUUCUUUUUGUUUACAUAAUCAGUUUUUAAAGAACUCAAUAUAUUUGAUUCAAAUAAACUUUGUAACGAGAAUGCCCUUAAUUUU